CUCAUCUUUCUCCCCUGUUCGUUUCUUGAUCCGAAGCUGCCCCUUUCUUAAGCCCAAACCCUCCACCCUUUCUAGUAUUUCCUAUCUUCUCCUCCUCCUCCUCGCCCUUCUCCCUUCUUGUUCUUCUUCUUUGCUGUUGUAGAGCCAAGGGGCUCGUGCGGAGCUGGCUAACCAACACGAGAUAGAAGCUGUGGAGACACAGGAAGAGAGCCACAAGUGGGUGGUGCGAGCGCUGUAUGAGGCGUUAAACGCGAGGGACGUGGAGAAGGUGCAUGAGCUGCUGGCCCCGGACAUCGAGUGGUGGUUCCAUGGCCCCCCUUCCCACCAGCACAUGAUGCGCCUCCUCACCGGCGCCUCUCCAGAGGAAUCCUUCCAGUUCGUCCUUCGCUCCAUCGAGGCCUUCGGCUCCACUGUCCUCGUCGAGGGCACCGACCGAACCCGCUCUCUCUAUUGGGUCCACGCCUGGACCGUCUCCCCGGAUGGGAUAAUCACCCAGGUCAGGGAGUACUUCAACACCUCCGUCACCGUUACCCGCGUCGGCGCAGCCGCCGCCGGCGACUCUAGUUCUUCCAACGUCCCCAAGCUUCACUGCCUGCCCGUCUGGCAGAGCAAGCUCCCCGACCAGGCCCGGAGGUCCCUCCCCGGCCUCGUCCUCGCCAUCUAAUUAUAUAUAAUCUCCUAAGAUAAUAGUAUUAGUAAUAAGUUUGUUUGAUGGGCUGAAGCCUUCGUGUGAUCCCCCUGUGUGGCUUUGCGUCAGGGGUUAGAUUAGAUCUGGGUGUGCUUUUGUGUCUUUUGUGUGUGUGGUUGGUUAAUUUGUCUGUGUGUGUUCAGAGAUGAGGAAGAGGGAUUGUUUCUCCGCUUCUUCUUCUUCUUCUGACGUCAGUUGCUUUGUUUUAAUCUUCAAUAAAAUAUACUUGUGUCGUCAUUUUAAUAAACGAACUGAAGUUAACCUUUUA